GUUGCGGAAGUCGAUGCGGAACAUUCGUCAGGGUCCGGCGUGACAUUCAGCGGUUUGUCAGAGUCGGGGGUUGUGUAAAGAGGAGUACGACCACUCUGGGCCUGACCGUCGUCAAAAUGAGGGUGCUUAAAGCGAGUCUAACGUUGGCAAAAACACAUCUUUUGGCACCAGGAAGCGUCACUAUUAAAAAGGUGCUCAUCAAUAGCUGCCGGACAUGCUCCUCUGGUGUCUUUCCCAACGAGAGGAUCCGCAACAUUGGCAUCUCAGCCCACAUCGACUCGGGGAAGACCACCCUGACCGAGCGUGUCCUGUACUACACCGGCAGGAUAGCAGAGAUUCACGAGGUGAAGGGGAAGGACGGUGUUGGAGCCACUAUGGACUCCAUGGAGCUGGAGAGGCAGAGAGGCAUCACCAUCCAGUCAGCUGCUACAUACACCAUGUGGAAGAAUCACAACAUAAACAUCAUUGACACCCCAGGUCACGUGGACUUUACCAUUGAAGUGGAGCGAGCGCUGCGCGUGCUGGACGGAGCUGUGCUGGUUCUGUGUGCAGUGGGAGCAGUUCAGUGUCAGACCAUGACGGUGAACAGGCAGAUGAAACGCUACAACGUCCCCUUCCUCACUUUCAUCAACAAGCUGGACCGCAUGGGCGCCAACCCUAACCGAGCCCUGCAGCAGAUGAGAUCCAAACUGAACCAUAACGCCGCCUUUAUUAGCAUCCCCAUCGGCCUGGAGGCGAACAUGCGUGGCAUCAUUGACCUUGUAGAGGAGCGGAGCAUGUAUUUCGAAGGACCCUUUGGUCAAACUGUCCGCUACGAUGAGAUCCCGGCAGAUUUUCGUGCUGAGGCUGCAGACCGGAGGCAGGAACUGGUGGAGUGUGUGGCCAACGCUGACGAAAUGCUGGGAGAGAUGUUUUUGGAGGAAAAGAUUCCAACCAAAGAUGACCUUAAGGCUGCAAUCCGCAGGGCCACAGUGCAGCGACUCUUCACUCCAGUGUUGGUGGGCACAGCACUGAAGAACAAAGGCGUCCAGCCUCUACUGGACGCUGUCCUGGAUUACCUGCCCAACCCCACUGAAGUCAAAAACUAUGCUAUCCUCAAUGACGAAAAUGCCAAGGACACAUCAAAGAUUCUAAUGGACCCCACAAGAGACUCUUCAAACCCCUACGUUGGUCUGGCCUUCAAACUAGAGGCAGGGAAGUUUGGCCAGUUGACAUACGUGCGGGUGUACCAGGGCAAUCUGAAGAGGGGGGAGUACAUCUUAAACACACGUACAGGGAAGAAAAUCAGAGUUCAGAGGCUUGUGCGUCUUCAUGCUGACCAGAUGGAGGAUGUGGAUGAGGUCUAUGCAGGAGAUAUUUGUGCUAUGUUUGGUGUCGACUGCGCUAGUGGAGACACUUUUACAUCCAGGACCAGCGCUAACCUCUCCAUGGAAUCGAUUCAUGUCCCAGAGCCUGUCAUUUCCAUGUCAAUUAAGCCACUCAACAAGACUGACUUGGAUAAAUUCUCCAAAGGUGUUAACCGUUUCACCAGGGAAGAUCCGACUUUUAGAGUGCAUUAUGACACGGAGUGCAAAGAAACCAUCAUCUCAGGCAUGGGCGAGCUGCAUCUUGAAAUCUACUCUCAGAGGAUGGAGAGGGAAUACAACUGUCCAUGUGUGAUGGGGAAGCCCAAAGUGGCUUUCAGAGAGACAAUCACCAGCCCUACCACGUUUGACUACACUCACAAGAGGCAGUCUGGCGGCGCUGGACAGUAUGGUAAAGUUAUAGGAGUCCUCGAGCCUCUUGAUCCAGAGGAUUACACCAAGGUGGAGUUUGAAGACCAGACUGUUGGAACCAACGUCCCGAAGCAGUUUGUACCAGCUAUUGAAAAGGGCUUCAGGACAGCCUGUGAAAAGGGACCUCUUACUGGGCACAAGAUCUCAGGAGUCAGAUUCCUCCUGGAAGACGGCGCGCAUCACAUGGUGGACUCCAACGAGAUCUCCUUCAUCCGAGCAGGAGAGGGAGCACUAAAACAAGCUGUAGAAAAAGCCAACGCGAUCAUCUUGGAGCCGGUCAUGUCUGUGGAAAUCGUAGCUCCUCAGGAGUUUCAGGGAACAGUGAUCUCUGGAGUAAACCGUCGGCAUGGUGUUAUCACAGGACAGGACGGAGCUGACGGGUACUUCACUCUGUACGCUGAUAUUCCACUAAACGACAUGUUCGGAUACGCCACAGAACUUCGCUCCUGCACGGAAGGAAGAGGGGAGUACACCAUGGAAUACAGCAGAUACCAGCCCUGCCUGCCGAGUACACAAGAGGAACUCAUCCACAAAUACUUAGAAGCUACAGGGCAGCUGCCUGCGAAGAAGAAGUGGAAGAGCUGAAACGUGUCUACCCAGCUGCAUACUGUUGAACUUUGACAUAACCACCGUCCCUCACCUUUCUGCCCGUCAUCAAUCCUGACUUAACAAUAAGUCUUUAAUAUGUGGAGCCAUGCAAAACUUUGAAACUUUACUUUUAUUUUGGAGUUCAAGUUAUUUUUUUCUCCUUAAUGUCUGACCCUUGUAGGAAACAUAUUUAUUACCUUUAAUUUAGCACCAUUUGACCUUUUUGGUGGUUGGUAAGGAAAGCUUUGACUUUGUACUAUGUACAGAAUGGUCUUGAUGUAAUAACAAUUGCAACAAAGAUAUAUAUCUGUCUUUUAAA